UCGGAUAGCGUGUAUUGAUUGGAGGAGCAAUAACUGUUCAGAUUUUACAAUACGACUGGAAGACCAGUUUAUUUAGGCUAAUAAUUAAUCGCAAGUACCAAUGGAUACCGUUUCUGCAUUCUGGUUGUAAAAAUUUUACAACCGUUUUCACAGCCAUCUAUUAGCACAGGAUUUCCUUUUUAUGAUAUCAAUGCCGGUCUUUAGCCGAUGUGAUUGACUUUUUCCACGACUAUUGACAGAGAUUAAGGAAGCCACCUGUCCUUCUCCUGAUGCCACACGCUGCCUCCACAGGACCCGCGGGAAACAGCUGUCUACCUUCAGCAGAGUAGGAUUCCAAAGCUAGACGCCAUUGUCGAAGACGAGGAGGGAUGAGUGAGGAAAAGACAGACAAACAAUUGUUUACAAACAGCAUCGAACUGCUGAUAAAUGAAGAAGGCGCAGAAAAAGAGGAAAUUUCCUACAAAAACCCAGACCAACAUUCAGACGACGAAAGCAAACGAAGACUCAGUACCACCUCAUUACAAAGUCCCGGAUCUCCAAAGUUCGAGAGACUCCAGGUUCAUCCACAUCCGCGUCUGACUUCCGGUAACGUUGGACGUAGAUGGCGCAGUAUACGGCAUGCCGUGCGCGUAACCAACGCAGCGGUUUCUAUGAAAAAGGGACUUAACAGAGAUGAUUCCUUCUUGAAGAAAUUUUCGACACGACAGCCCUACCGUUCAGAAUCCAUCGGGACCAUCAACGAGCACCUCGAGAAUACGGAGACCCCGGAUGUUAGUCGCUCGAGGCACCAUACCGUGCUCCAGCCAGACGGUAAUAUCAUGUUCUACUGGCUGGGACUGCUGACCCUGGCCAUACUCUACAAUCUUUGGACGUGCAUUGCGCGGGAAGCUUUUCGCGAGAUUCAAGAAGGAAACAUGAUGGUUUGGAUAGGAUGUGAUAUUUUCUGUGAUAGCUUAUAUAUAUUGGACAUUUUUGUGCAAAUUCGGACUGGAUUUCUCGAUAAGGGAAUAAUGGUAUAUGAUUCUAAGAAGCUAUUGAUGCGAUACGCACAGACAAAAGCCAUCAUUCUGGAUCUGGUUUCUUUAACACCAUUAGACUUCCUUCAGUUUACUGUUGGCAUUCAUCCCAUGCUGCGCUUUCCAAGAUUUCUGAAAGUCUACCGAUCUUUUCGCUUUUUGCAUUUGCUGGAGACCAGAACACAUUUCCCUAACUUUUUCCGUGUAGCGAACUUGACACACAUCUUGUUCCUAGGAUCGCACUGGUUCGCAGCUUUCUAUUACUUGAUUUCUGAGGCGGAGGAAUUCGAGGGCGAUUGGUCGUAUCCGAAACCGGUCGGGCAGUUUGCCUCUGUGACCCGGAAGUACUUGACGUCGCUCUUCUGGUCCACGCUGACCCUAACAACCAUUGGAGACCUCCCGCCACCCGAGUCAAACUGGGAAGAAAAAUUAUCAAUUCGGGCGUAUGUCUUUGUCAUCGUCAGCUACCUGAUUGGGGUCUUCAUAUUCGCCACCAUCGUGGGACAGGUAGGGAAUGUGAUCACAAACAGGAACGCCAGCCGACAGGAGUUUGAGCGGUUACUGGAUGGCGCCAAGUUAUACAUGAGGAUGCAUAACGUCCCCCAUGAUGUCCAGAAGCGAGUACAGAGAUGGUAUGAUUACGUGUGGACAAGGGGCCGAAUGAAGGGUUCCGACAUCAACUCGUUAGGUCUUCUCCCAGACAAACUGAAAACAGAGCUUGCUAUCCAUGUCAACUUGGAAACUCUCAAAAGAGUUACCAUUUUCCAAGAGUGCCAACCUGAGUUCUUGCAUGAUCUAGUGUUGAAGAUGAAGGCGUACAUAUUCACCCCCGGCGAUUUGAUAUGUCGUCAGGGGGAGGUAGCCAGGGAGAUGUUCAUCAUAGCAGAUGGUCUUGUGGAAAUAAUCAGUGAAAGCGGUGUUGUGCUAACAAAAAUGGAAACUGGAGAUUUUUUUGGAGAAAUUGGAAUUUUGAAUUUAGACGGAGGUAUUAACAGGAGAACUGCUGACGUGAAAUCCGUGGGAUAUUCGGAACUCUUCGUCCUUUCCCGUGAAGACGUGCUUGAAGCUCUCAAAGAUCACCCGGAAGCAGAACGGGUCAUUCGAGAUUACGGGCAUAGAAGAUUAAAGGAAAUUAAAGAACAUCAGCAGAAAAUGAAAUAUACUGCUCCUGAUUUUCAAACAAAAUGGUCGCCAACCUCUCCAGCCCGAUACCUGCGAAGAUGCUCUGGCCAGCAAGGUGGUUCCUUUAAAAGUAAAAAAUCCCCAGGUCUCCUUGUUAACGUUUCAAAGCGAAAAAGUAAGCGUAAAAAAUUUGUGGGUGCCAUGAAAGAAUUGGCCAUGAAAACGACCUAUAAGAGAGAUCCGCCAAAGAGCCCUUUGAGCGCGGACCUGGUAGAAGACGGGCAGGUCGAUGGUUGGCCAGUGCUGGCAACACUCGCUCAUGGCGAAGUGAUAGCGAUCAAAGACAACAAUCUCAUAAAAAGAAAAUUCAGUUUUCCAACGAUUGUUGAAAAGGCAAUGGAAGCCAAUAAAAAAGGAUUGCUUUUUUGUGAAAAAAAUAAAGUGUUCGACAGUUCAACAAGUGUGAACAAUGGAGUGACGGUGGAUCUUAAAGAGUGUGAAAUACUAAACAAUACAGACAUUCAUGAAAAUGAAGUUGUUCAGAAAAAAUCAAACAAAGAUUCCUGUGAUUCUGGGGAGUUAAACUGUGAUUUGUCAAACAAUGUGAAUGUAGACCGAUGUUAUUCUGGGCCGGAUGGGAUUGCGGUCAAUAAUAACACGAAAAGUGCCAACGAUGGUAAACAGGAAACCAUCUUAGCGUAUGACGACACAGAAAUUUCGUCACACGCUGUCUGUAGCUGUUCGGACACAUCAACAAAGUUGAAUCAAACUCUGGAACAUGUAAAUUCUCAUUUGAUGAGCCUAACCCAGCUCAUGAAAAUUCAAGUCAAGGUCUUGGAAGAAAUACGAAAUAGCCAAUUUGAAAGUCAAAAUCAAACUGUUGUAAGUGAAGUUGUUCAAAUUCAACCUGUUGCGAGUGAAGAAGUAAAUACAAGUAGCCAACAGCGGUGCUCACCGACAGACAAAGUGGACAGUGAGAUCGAGAGUCCGGACACACCCAUCGAACACGACAAUGCCGAGCGAGGGGAAACAGAGGAAACUCGGGAAGACUUUCAGGAAUCGGAGUCAACAGAAAUAGACGUCAGUACAAGUUUAUAAUCAUGACAAUAAAUCAAAGAAAGAAUGCAACGCGACAGUAAAAUCGUUGCGGAAUGAACAGACUGUGAAUAAAAAUUUACGCAACGAAAAGGAGGACGAAAUCGUGAAUUUUUUCCACGUGAUACAGAAAAUGGCAGAAACGAUACAGAUGGGAGAGAUAUCUUAAUAAAAAUAUAUUGUUCAU